UAGAUGUAGUGUAGACUUGUAGAGGUACGAAAGUAGGUACCUACGUAAACUUGCUACUUGCUACCUACAGGCUACAAUACAACCAGUGUUCGUGGGCAGUCGGACUGUUGACGCUCUGAUUAAAAUCUUUUAUUUUGAUAAAAAAUGGCUUCGAUUCUCUGAUAGUCUCAUGCCUGUUUUCAUUUUAUUUUGUUCUUUAAACAGUUUAAUAAGCUGAUUCAUAGUUUUAUUGAAAUAAAAAUUAAACAAUUUAUAAUGGGAGUCUGCUAUCUUCCUGUCUCAAAUUGCAUCUUAAAUCGUGAACGUGAACGAUACGUCCAAUAAUCGGAACUUUCUCUUGAUGCGUUGCGACUGUGAGUGAACUGUAAACUGUUACUCAACACUCGGUUGUGUAAAGAGGUCUGCGCGAUUUAAUUCUUAUGAUACAUAACGGUAGUUUAUAAUUGACGUCAGGCGUGUGAAGAUCAGCUUGAGGAUAUUCGUGAGGUGUAAUGUUUAGAGUGUUGUGAUGGUGGAAAGCGAAGGGAUGAGGCGCGGUGGCUGUGGCUGGGGUGGCGGUGUUCUUGGCCGCUGGUCCCUUCGCCGAUUACUUUUGGACAGCCCUUUAGUUGGAAGGAGACUGGCUCAUUCAGUAUUGGACCAGGGGGAGCGACCAGUCAAACUCAGCACAGAAACACAGGCAAAGCCGACAGUGCAGUACAUUGCGGAGGACGAAGAGGGCGACGUACUCGACUGUCCACUAUGCCUGUCCACAUUCACCGCAGUCAGUAUGGAGCGGCUAGCAUGGUGCUCCCACCGCUGCUGCGAGCCCUGCCUACGUCAAUACCUCGCCAUCGAGAUAUUCGAAGCGAGGGUGCCAGUCAACUGCCCAGUUUGCCAUGAGAGCAUGCAUCCGUCUGAUGUCCGACGAAUAGUCGACAACCCUGCACUCUACGAUAAAUAUGAAGAGUUCUCAGUGCGUCGAGCGCUCGCCGCUGACCCCGACACGCGGUGGUGUCCAGCGCCGGACUGCAGUUUCGCAGUGGUGGCCACGGGUUGCGCGUCGUGUCCGAAGCUGACGUGCCUGGCGCCGGGCUGCGGCGCGUCGUUCUGUUACCACUGCAAGGCCGCGUGGCACCCCACGCAGACCUGCGACGCGGCGCGACGGAGCCGCCAGCCGCCGCCGCGCGCGCCGCAGCCCUCGCACAACGAAAUGGAACACGGUGAAGUUAAGCCAUGUCCGAGGUGUUCAGUGCUCAUCGUCAAAGUCGAGGACGGUUCGUGCAAUCACAUGGUCUGCUGCGUUUGCGGCGCGGAGUUUUGCUGGCUUUGUAUGAAAGAAGUCUCAGAUCUGCAUUACCUAAGUCCAAGUGGCUGCACAUUCUGGGGCAAGAAACCUUGGUCAAGAAAAAAGAAGCUACUCUGGCAGUUAGGAACACUCGCAGGAGCGCCCCUCGGUAUCGCAGUGGUAGCGGGAGUCGCGUUGCCCGCGCUACUGGUGGGGCUGCCGCUCUGGGCCGGUCGCAGGGCACACCGGAGACUGCGGCGCGCCCGCCCCGCCCGCCGUAGGGCUGCAGUCGCCGCCGCUGUCGCCGCUGCGCUGAUCGUAUCGCCCCUGGUAGCGGGUCUGGCCGUGGGUAUCGGCGUGCCCAUCCUGCUGUUCUACGUGUACGGCGUGGUGCCCGUGUCGCUGUGCCGCGCGGGGGGCUGCGCCGCGCCGCCCGACGAGCGCGACCACCCGCUCGACCAUCCGCUCGACCUCGACGCCGCCUCGCGCCGCCUCGAGCCCAGCAUCGGCGAUGCGUCGCUGUCGGCCGGCUCGCAGCAGGCGGAGGUGCGCGCGCCGUCGCUGGCGGGGCUGGCGGGCUCGCUGGGCGGGCACGAGGCCGCGUCGCCCGCCGCGCACCGCCUCGAGGUGACGGCCGACGUGGCCGCGUCCGACACGGCCAGCGCCGCCAGCUGGCCCGACGACCUGCCGUCCACGUCGUCGCGCACGGCGGCGCGCCUGCGCAGCCUGUUCCUGUACGGGUCGACGCACCCGCCGCCCGACCCGGAGGCGGGCCCGUCGGCCGCGUCCGGCGCCGCCGCCCCGCCCGCCGAGCUCACCACGGCGUGCGAGACGCGCUCGCCCUCGCCCGACGACUCGUAACGAAUCGCGUCCCCGGCCGACGACGCGAGCGGCGCUCCCGAGUGACGGCGUCGGGCGGAGGGACGCGGCCGCGGGGCUGCGGUGUCGCGAUCGAAUGCGCUCCGCUGCGCUUCGAGGACUGAGUGUGAUCGGAAGCGGUUU